CUUUGAAGUCUCAAACGCGCUACACGUUAUCAAAAAUAUGAAGUUCCUCAUUGUCUUCGUUGCUCUUUUCGCCGUGGCUUUGGCUGCUCCACCUACAUCGGAAGUGCAAGUCCUUCGCUCGGAAUCCGAUGUUGGCCCCGAAAGCUUUAAACAUACUCUAGAAACAAGUGAUGGUACCAACAUCGAGGCUGAAGGUGAACUUAAGCAAGUUGGAGAGGAGCCAUCUAUUUCCGUUAAGGGAAGGUUCUCAUAUGUGGACCCUGAGGGUCAAACUCAUGUGGUUACCUACAUUGCCGAUGAAAAUGGAUACCAGCCAAUUAGUGACGAUAUUCCCGUUGCCCCCGCUGUUUAAAUAGCAACUUUAAAUUAAGAAUAAAUGGAUUGU